AUGGGUAAAAGUUUCAGUUUCCUCAAAUUUAUUAUUUUUUGUACUCUGAAAUGAUCCAAGUUAAUUCGAGUUGAUCUGAGUUGAUCCAACUGCAAGUGAUCUGGUCCUACUUUUGUACCUACCUCUACUGAUCCUAUAAAAUGAACAGAAGAAAGAAAAUAAAAAAGCCCAGAGCUAGUACUAGAAAUGGCUCUUAUUAAAGUUAGUUAAUAAAUUUAGCUUACCAGAAAUUUUCAAAAUGGCAGACACAUUGCAGAUUUCUGACUUUCUUCUCCUUAAAUUGUAAUUUGCAGAAAGUCCAGCACAGAACAAGUAGGGAUAUCAUCAACAGAAACUAUCGUAAUUGUACCCCUUUGAAAAUUAAACAAUGAAAGAAACACUGGUAAAUGAACAUGCGUACAAGUAACUACCAUUGACACACAUGGUAUACAUCAACCAGAAGUUAAUUUUGGCAACCUUGUAGAUUGCAGUGUUGUUCACCAUUACAAGGCCAUGUGGUUGAUUUCUUGUCUCUUGGCAUGUGACAAUAGCUUUUAAGGUGUCUCAAUACAGUUUUUUUCUGGACCAUGCCAAGCAUUGUCAAUCAGCUUUCUAGCAGUCUUCCCUAACCUGAUCGAUAUGAAAAUUAGACCAGGAAUUGGAAAUGGUUUGUUUAGUUUGUGUUUAAUUUGGUCUUUCUCAUGGUAAUCAAUAUUUCCAGGGUGUCUUGAAAACAGACUCCCUAGGACCCUAAAGACCCUUAAACCCCUUAAGACCCCAAAACUUGAAAGUAAAGACCCCCCAUUUUUAACAUUUUUUAAGGGGGGCUGGGCUACUCCUCUUCUUAGUACCCCCAGAAAUGUCGCCACUGGAAACCUUUUUCAGAGGGAAGGGGAGGGGAUGCCAUUUUGUACAAUAAUUAGAACAGUUUAAAUAAGUUUAAAUAAAGUUUAAGUCUUCUGUUUGUACUCUCUCUUGUUUUUGUCACUUCCCCCCAAAAUUGUCUUUUUCCGAGGUGAAGGGGUGGAGUUUUCAGAUUUGUACCAUUCUCUGCUCUUUAAUCUUCCAUGGAGAGCAUGAGGUUAAUAAGCUGACAACUGUACUAUAAUCCACCUCACCCCAUUACUUCCCCCUCUUUCCUUCCACCCGCCCUAAAAAACUUGUCUUUUGCGAGGAGGGCGAGGGAAUUUGUAAAUAGACUUAAACAUUGACUAAACCAUGUCCCCGGAAAUUGUCGAGCCAUGUCCAGAUCUUUUUUUCACAAGUGGAUCCUAUGUCAUUUUGCAUACUACAAAUGGUUUAUCACUGUGGUGAAUAGCCAGAUUAAAUUCAACAGGAGCCUGUGCCUGAGGGCCUUGCUCGCUUCCCCCCUCUCUUUCUCCCUCUCUCCCCUCCCUUCCCUCCCUCCCUCCAGUCUCUAAUCUCCUGUGAAGAGCAUGAGGUUGACAUACUCACAAACUGUUUGAGCCAGCAUUCUGUGUCAUCUUCAGUUGCUGUCGUUUUGUCAAAGUAUCUUAUGCAGAGUAUCUCGUGAACCUACAGAUCACACAGCAUCCCCUCCCCUUAGAAAAAAUGCAAUUUUUCUAGAGGGUACUGCCGAGAGGAGUGCCCAAAAAAUAUGCAAAAAAAUGGAGGGUCUUUGUGUUCAAGUUUUGGGGCCUUAGGGGGUUCUUAGGGGUCUUAGGGGGUCUUUGUUUUCAAGACACCCACAUUUCCAUGGAAAUGAUAAACUAAAACAUCGAAAAUUGGUACAUUUUGCAUAAACCAGAUGUGAUAUGAAAAAGCUAAUACUAAUGCCUUAAACAAUAGUGUAUGGUAAAUUAAAUAUACAGGAAUUAGAAAACUCUGUGUUUAAUUUGAAUAAAUCAUAAAAGCAUUUCAAAUUAUACUUUUUGCAUCAUAAGUAAAUGACUGAUAGGUCUUCAUUUGUAGUUUUGGGGUCGCCUUCUCUACAAAAUGAAGACCCUGUCAAUUUGUUGACUCUUUGCAUGUGACAAAGCAUUAAAGUAGAAACUAGUUUGAGAGGCCUAAAAUUAACAAACUCUUUGGUUUUGGUUAUCAGUCCUCAUUUUAUAGACACCACUCCGAAAUUACUUGAAGUGAUGAGUAUAAGUUUGCAAUGCCUUAAAUGGAAUAGGUUAAGUAAUAUGUAAGAUAAAUGUAAGUAAUGUAAUGUUUGUCAAAUAGUCAAGUAAUGCAUGAAUAAGGUGUUAGUAAUGUAACAAUUUUAUUAUUGAAUACGUAAUAAACAUAAGAUAAGUAAUAUUUAAGUGGCGAAUGCAAAAGUAUAAUGUAUAAUGUUAGAGCAGGAAACAAAUCAGAAAGUGAAAUAGGGGAAGUGAUAUACAAGGGAAAUGUAAGUAAUAGUUGUGUAGAAAACAAAUAAAGUUAAUAUACAGAUAGAAAAAGGGAAAACACAAUGAUAUGAUUCUUUUUUAAGUAGACUUUUAUUUUGCAAACAAAAUAGAUCAGUAACAAUCAAUCACCUUUUGGUGUUAAUAAACUACCUGUUUUAUCUGCAAAUUAAUGAGGAUCCACUACAUUUUACUUACAACCCACACUUUGGUCAUGAAGUCAUCCAAAACUAAUAUUCCUACUCUGGUUAAUUAGAAACUUGCCCCCCAAAUGUCUACCCCAAUAGAAAUUUAUAACAUAAAAAGAGAAAUAUAAUGCAGCUGUUAUUUCUCUCUCAGAGACAGCCUGAAGUGUGCACUGUUGUGUUUUUUAUCACGUAUGGUUUCUCUGAUGCAUGGAAUGAUCAGCAACAAGGACACAAACAUUGCUUUAGAAUCUUUACAGGCAGUGAUAGAGUUUGCAAAUAUAACCCUUCAAACAAGUUCACCUACCGAAAGUGUUGAAGUGAGGCUUUGUACUGCACAGGUCUUGGGGCAUACAUCAGUUACUGAUGUGAUGAUUGAUUUGCAAGUAAGGUUGGGUGCUGUACAUUUUCUUUUGUGGUCUGUGGUAAUAAAGCUCCUUCAGGAUGAGGAACCUUUGAUUAGAGAACAGAUGGUUGAAGCAUUUUCAACUUGGUUGAACGGUAUCCACAAUUCCGCACUAGUUUCCGCCUUGACGUUUGGGAACUUUUCUGUCGUACCUCCUCUGACGCUAGAGAAUGCCAUGUUCUGUGUCUGGUUCCUGUAUAUUGAGCGAGAACCUGUCCAAUGCAUAUUGUGGAUGUUGAAGUGGAUAUGGGGUGACAUGCUCUGUAGCUGUAAUCCUGGUCAGGAAGAUGGCAUUUCCGAUGUGGAUCGUCUUUUUGAGAAAGGACCUGUAAAUAUUUACAAUGAAGACUUAAUUGUGAUAGAUGUCACCUGGAAAACUGUUAAAACAGGAAUAGAAGUGAAUAAUGGAUAUGCUCUAUUAAAGCUUCAACGAAACCGGACAGAAAUUAUUGAAUUACUGAAUAAGCAGUUAGAGGAGUGUAUUUUUUUCCUUGAAAGUCUUUUGUUGAUUAACUACAAUGUUAACAAAAAUUUGUUUAGUCAUUUUUACAGAUCAUUUGUUGGAAUUUCUGUAAUUAUCAUGUUAACGGAAAAGCUUGAGGGGAAUAUUUCUCCUAUGCAGAGCCGAAUUAUGGCUAUAUUACAUGCCGUAAAAAAGCUAUCUGAUCUGGGAGGAAGUUUACUUCACCCAAAGUUACAACAGCCUUUGAAAGAAUUAUGUAGGUUUUAUAUCUAGUAAAAUAGUCUUAAUUAGAUAGGGCGCGUUUAAAACACGAAAUGGCGAAAUUACGAAAUGGCGAAAUUACGAAAUGGCACUACGAGUAAGAGUCAAUGUGGGAUAUGGGCUGGUGUUUAUAAGGGUAGCCCUUACUAUUAUUGAGAGCUAACCACCGUCUAAUCAGUGAUAUUUAGGCUAAAUUGAGCGCUAUUUAGGCCAACCAGAGCGCUAUUUAGGUUAACGGUAGUGCCGUUUCGUGUUUUAAACACACGCCCUAUUAGAUAAUAAUUUAGUGUGAGAUUACAAACACAUAAGAUGUCGCUUAAUUUAGUGUGAGAUUACAAACACAUAAGAUGUCGAUUGACAUAUUGUCAAAAUAUUAACUAGUAGUAAUGAAAGAUUAGAGCAGUGCGUUAACGCACGUACUUUGCAUGUUUGGUCUACUUUGGUGGCAUUCGAAACUAAGUU